AUGUGUGCCGUCACCUUAGCCACACACAUGUCAAAAAAAUAACCUCAAAAUGUGGCAAAAAUACGACGAAAACCUCCACAACAAUCCUUUUUUCCACGAAAUUAUCAAAAAUCACGGUGACUUAAUAGUGAAAGCGUCACAAGAAGAGUGGAUUAUUUGUGUUCCAAGAAUCGGUGUCAUUGACCCCAAUGAAAUAACAAUUGAGACGAUUCUUGACCAUAUUCUCGUGCCCUCAGAAGGCACAACAUUGAGCAAAAAGGAAGCCACAAUCAAAAACAAACAAAUCGUAACUAAUUCAACAACCCGUCACAUACUUUUCGAGGAAACGUUCUACAUAGAAGACUUGAAAUAUACAGUUUUCUGUAUUGAUAGCCCCCUGUUCUCAAGCCGAGUGACAUGCCCCCAUGUAGUCAACAAAAUUGAGACACUCCACCACUGUAUUGAUUUUUUCUGGAGUGAGAAUUUGAGCCACGUUUUAAUCAAAAUCCAGCGACUGUGUGCAAGUUUCGUCGACCAGAAUCGUAGUUUUUGCCGCGAAAAUUUGCAAAACCAGAAGGAUUUAAUCGGGAGUUUGUACUCCCAGUGUUUGCAACUUGUGUUGCGUAAUCGGGGAUUCACCGACUGUGACAACAUCAAGCUAGCGGUGGAAACAUACAUGCAGAGCUGUCUUGACCAGUUCCUCACCCAUGCUAUAAACACAGUGACGUGCCUCCAUGACUCCGAAUUGAACAAAAUCAUCCGAAACUCAAGCGAGCUUCAAUUGAAAGACUUGUCCAUCCCUCCGAAAUUCUGUGAUAAUAUUACGAACGCUAAAAGCGAACUAAGCAAAAUAAAUAACUACGUUACGAUCCUAGACAAGGUUAAUUGCCUAAAAUUAACGUUCGGUCAUUUAUACACCAAGAUUUGUUUAACCUCCGACGAUGUUUUACAACUUUUCGUCUUCCUAAUUCUUAAACUAAACAUCACCAACUGGACUUCAAACCUAAUUUACUUAACCCAAUUCCAGUUCAGUUCGCACGAACCCAACGAAAGUAAUUUCCUCGUCACUUCGCUGGAAGCGGCUUUAGAAUUCAUCAAGAGCGAGCAAUUCGCCAAAAUCAAACCUCGCCAUUCGGUGACUCCCCUAUUCCAAACAAUCGUCACCGGCGACUUGACCAACUUGCGUAAACUGCUAGACGUGAAGAACAGUGGCGGUAAUUUGUGUCAUCCGUUGUGCGAUUGCGACGAUUGCACAAAAAUGGACUCGAGUUAUGAUAUAAACAGCAAAGGUCAGACUCUUCUCACUUUUGCCGCCUUGUUGGGGCGCAGUGAAAUCGUCGAAUUUUUGCUAAGUAAAGGGGCUGAGGUCAACUCUGUUGAUUAUUUCGGGCGAAGUGCGUUGCAUUACGCCUGCCUUAAAGGCCACCAAGACGUUUUAUUAAUUCUAGUCAACUGUCGGGCUGAGGUCAAUGUGAGAGACCAUGACGGGAAUACUCCCUUACAUGUCGCUUGUAACAAUGGGCAUGAGAAUUGCGUCAAAGCUUUGUUCUACGCCUCCAAAGGCUUGGACAUCGAUUGUGUCAAUAAGCACGGGGACAGUCCGCUGCAUUUGGCCGUCAAAUGGAAUUAUGUGGGGAUAUGUGCGGUCUUGAUCGAGAAUAACGCCAAUGUUUGUGUUACUAAUCGCAAGAAUCAACUACCAGCAAACUUGGCACAGAACUACUACACCGAGCGAUUUUUCCCCAACUCUGUCCCAAAACCCCCAAAGGAUAAUAACAGAAGCGACAAAUUCAAAAAAAUCGAUCUGUUACUCAAAGCCAUCGAAAACGAUGAUUUACCCUUGACUUGUUUUUAUCUGGGUUUUUCGACCAGUUCCCACUAUGAUUUUCAAUCAAAGUGUCACCCUUUAUGCAACUGCGAAAAGUGUGAAGAUUUAGACACUGGGCAGGACCCCAAUGUUGAAUAUAUCAGCGUUAAUGCGUGCAAUAUUGACGGUUUUACGCCACUUCAUUUCGCCGCGAAAUUUGGAAGGACGGAACUACUCCGUAUCCUACUAGAUUCCGGUGCUUUACCCAACUUGAAAACUUUAAAAACACUACAAACUCCACUACACUUGGCUUGCAUCCACCAACAAGUUUCCGUGGUGAAAGAAUUGGUCAAAUGUGCAAAUUGUGAAGUGGAUUCGCAAGAUUAUUACGGAAACACGCCUCUCUAUUAUGCAUGCGUUCGAAAUGACGCCAAAAUUGUCGAAGUAUUGCUCACAAACGGAGCCAAUGCCGAUAUUAGGGAUUAUGGAAACUCGAUAAUAAAACAAGUCCAAGAAAAUCUCACCGAGAGCCAGGAUAUUUUCUUGUGAAAUAAAAUUUUAUACACUUUU